UCUUUUUUUUUUUUUUUUUUUGGGUCAAGCGGAAAUUCGGUUCGAGGCUUUUCGUCUCUGCGGGAACCAUAGAAAACCCAAAAUAUGGCGCCAAAAUCCAAUUGACUGCUCUCUCUCUCUCUCCAUAAAAGCUGAGCUCUCUAUCUCCCUUCUCUCUUUUAUGCGACGAUCGAACAAUGCAGCGCCAGAAGUCGAUACUCUCCUUCCUCCAAAGACCCUCGCCUGAAAACCAGAAACCCAGCCAAAACACCCUCGACGGUCACCGCCUCCCUCCUCAGUUUCCGCCCAAGCAACCAAACCAAAACGCCGUCGUACCCAAUCAACCUCCCGUAGCGUCAACUUUCGGCUCCUCCAUCGAAAUAGACACUCCGCCGGAGAAGGUGCCGCGUCGGAUUUUUCCGGCGGGAUUCGCCGGAGAUGACGGAGGCGGGACGAGUUCUACGGUCUCGAGCAUUAUGCACAAGUUCGUGAAGGUUAAGGAUACAGAGAAAUGUGUUGAUAGGAACCAAGCAUGUGGCGGUUCCUCCAAAGCCUGCUCAAUUUAUAGUAAAUCAAGUAGCCUGGAAGCAUUGCCUAAUGAACAUGCAGCUUUUGAACAUCCUUUGAAGGGAAAUGUUCUCAAUGCCAUUCGACAAGAUCGCCCAGGGGAUAAGGGGUGUCCCUUGCUUAUAGAAACAAACGAUGACGAUAUUUUUGGGCCAGAAACACCGGGUACUCGUCCGCUUGUUCCGCGGUCGAAGCGAAUUCAAGAGGACUGCUCCAACUUUGGGGAUAGGAGUGAUUGCUCAUUGUUGGACUCUAGCAAACGGAUGAAGCUACUUCAAGAUUCAAAGGCUGGAAACAAAAACCGCGAAGAGCUAUCUGAAGUGACUAGUAAGUUUGAAUGGCUCGAUCCUUCUCAGAUCAGGGAUGCUAAUGGAAGGAGGCCCGGCAAUGCGCUAUAUGACAAGAGGACAUUGUAUAUACCUCCCAAUGUGUUGAAUAAAAUGUCAGCAUCACAAAAGCAAUAUUGGAAUGCCAAAUCUCAUUAUAUGGACAUUGUGCUUUUCUUCAAAGUGGGAAAAUUCUACGAGCUGUAUGAACUUGAUGCCGAAAUUGGUCAUAAGGAGCUUGACUGGAAAAUGACAUUCAGUGGUGUGGGAAAAUGUCGACAGGUUGGCAUCUCUGAGAGUGGGAUUGAUGAUGCCGUUCAGAAGCUGAUUGCUCGUGGGUAUAAGGUUGGACGGAUGGAGCAGUUGGAAACGUCUGAACAAGCAAAAGCCAGAGGUUCCACUGCUGUGAUCCAAAGAAAACUUGUUCAAGUGGUCACACCAUCAACCACAAUGGAUGGUAACAUGGGGCCUGAUUCUGUUCAUCUUCUCUCUGUAAAAGAGGGUAACUGCGAACUGAGGAAUGGCUCAACUGUAUAUGGAUUUGCUUUUGUGGACUCAGCUGCUUUAAAAUUUUGGGUCGGUUCCAUUAGUGAUGAUGCCUCCUGUGCCACUUUGGGGGCCUUGUUGAUGCAAGUUUCGCCUAAGGAAGUUAUAUAUGAAAUUCGAGGGAUGUCCAAGGAAGCUCAAAAAGCUCUCAAAAAAUACACAUCAACAGGAUCAUCACUACUGACUCCAGUACAACCAGCCAUUGAUAUGGGCAAUGGCUCUGAUGUCAGAAAUGUGAUUCAGCUGAAGGGAUACUUCAAAGGUUCUGGUAACAAAUGGGAUCAAGCUCUGGAAGGUGUUAUGCACCAUGAUCUUGCUUUGUGUGCUCUUGGUGGCCUUAUUAGUCAUCUAUCAAGGUUGAUGUUAGAUGACGUUUUGCGUAACGGAGAUAUUCUACCAUACCAAGUCUAUAAAGGUUGCCUCAGAAUGGAUGGGCAGACACUGGUUAAUCUUGAAAUUUUUAGUAAUAAUGCUGAUGGUGGUCCAUCAGGUACACUGUACAGUUAUCUUAAUAACUGUAUAACUGCAUCUGGUAAGCGUCUUCUGAAAAACUGGAUCUGCCAUCCUCUGAAAGAUGUAGAGGAAAUUAAUUGUAGGCUUAAUGUGGUUGAAGAACUAAUGACUCAUCCCGAGGUUGUGUUACUUAUCGCUCAAUAUCUUCGCAAGCUCCCAGACUUGGAAAGGUUGCUUGGACGAGUUAAGGCUAGCUUUCAGUCAUCUGCUACACUCGUUCUGCCAUUAAUUGGCAUAAAAGUUUUGAAGCAGCGAGUCAAAACAUUUGGGUCUCUUGUUAAAGGCUUGCGUGUUGGAGUAGAUUUGUUGACACUUCUGCAAAACGAGGGGCACACGAUCUUAUCAAUGUCAAAGGUUCUCAACCUUCCAGUGCUAAAUGGUAGCGACGGGCUUGAUAAAUUCCUUACUCAAUUUGAAGCAGCUGUAGAAAGUGACUUCCCCAAUUACCAGGACCAUAAUGUGAAGGACUCCGAUGCUGAUAUCCUCUCAAUUCUGAUUGAGUUAUUUGUUGAAAAAGCUGUUGAAUGGUCUCAAGUCAUUCAUGCCAUAGAUCGUAUCGAUGUCCUAAGAUCUUUUACCGUCACUGCCAAUUCUUCAUGUGGGGCUAUGUCUAGACCUGUCAUUUUGCCUCUUUCUGAAUCCCCCAGCUUGUCCCAAGUAAUCAGAGGACCAAUACUUAACAUCAGAGGACUGUGGCAUCCUAAUGCCCUCGGUGAGAAUGGAGAGCUGCCUGUUCCGAAUGAUAUUGUCCUUGGAGAAGAAGCAGAUGGAUAUCAUCCCCGAACUUUGCUGUUGACUGGACCUAAUAUGGGUGGAAAAUCCACCCUUCUACGUGCUACUUGUCUAGCUGUUAUACUAGCCCAGCUGGGCUCUUAUGUGCCUUGCGAGGUGUGUGUUCUUUCCCUCGUGGACACCAUUUUCACUAGGCUUGGCGCCACUGACAGAAUAAUGACAGGCGAGAGUACCUUCUUUAUUGAGUGCACAGAAACAGCAUCGGUCCUUCAAAAUGCGACACAAGAUUCACUGGUUAUUCUUGAUGAAUUAGGACGAGGAACGAGCACCUUUGAUGGAUAUGCUAUUGCAUAUGCUGUUUUUCGCCAUCUUGUUGAGAAAGUCAACUGCCGUUUACUUUUUGCAACACAUUAUCACCCACUGACUAAGGAAUUCGCUUCUCACCCUCAUGUCAUUUUGCAACACAUGGCCUGUGCUUUCAAGUCGAAUUCCAACAACUCAUUUCAAGGAGGCAAUGAUUUAGUUUUCCUUUACCGGCUGGCCUCUGGGGCAUGCCCGGAGAGCUACGGUAUGCAAGUGGCUCUCAUGGCGGGGAUCCCAAAACGGGUGGUGGAAACCGCCGCAAGGGCUGGAGAAGUGAUGAAGCAAUCUAUCGGAGAAAGUUUCAAGUCGAGUGAACGGAGGUCUGAGUUUUCGAGUCUCCAUGAAGAGUGGCUGAAGACCCUGUUAAGUGUCUCGACGACGGGAGAAGGUAAUGUUGAUGAUGACAAUGAUGCCUUUGAUUCAUUGUUUUGCCUCUGGCAUGAGCUGAGAAACUCGUACAAAGUCGGGUAACUAGGAGGAUGGAGCCUACAGUUUUUAUUGUAGAAACUUAAAAUAGUGUGAUUGAAGAAGGUUUGAUGUGAUUAUAACUUGAUCAACUUUUGUGGUUAUUCAGAGGAUGCAAUAGAAGAUCCAUUAUUUUGUUUUC